AUGGUAAACAAGCCCAGUUUUGGGAACUGUGUUAGAGAAAUAUCGGUCAAAUCUGGAAAAAGGAGCAAGAGACGCGAUUUCAAAGAUGCCCGUGUGCCCGGGAAGCAAGUCGCGCUAAUUGCAAAGGCGGGCAACCGACUCGCGACCGGGCUUACGCGGGGCCGCGAAGGCGUGGACGCCGCCUUGGUCGCCUGCCUGGCGGAACGGGGCUCCCGCGGGCGCCGAGAAGGGGACCCUUGUUCGCCCGCCUACACGACCAAAGCGAGAAGAGCAGCCACUGGAGAGCGCCAGGUGGGGUUCAAGAGGACUCCGCCUUCUCCUGAGGAUGACUGGGUGCAGCCGUUCUUCUACUUCGAGGAGGAGGAGGAGAACUUCUACCUGGCGGCGCAGCACCGCGGCUGCGAGCUCCAGCCGCCCGCCCCGUCGGAGGACAUCUGGAAGAAGUUCGAGCUCCUGCCCACCCCGCCGCUCUCGCCCAGCCGCCGCUCGGGCUGCUUCCCGUCGCACGCCGACCAGCUGGAGAUGGUGACGGAGCUGCUGGGCAGCGACGCCGUCAACCAGAGCUUCAUCUGCGAGCCGGACGACGAGGCCUUCGUCAAGUCCAUCAUCAUCCAGGACUGCAUGUGGAGCGGCUGCUCGGCCGCCGACAAGCUCCAGAAGGUGGUCUCCGAGCGGCUCGCCUCCUACCAGGCCACCCGGCGGGAAGGGGGCGCGGCCCUCUCCGCCCGCAGCGGCAGCAGUGGCAGCCUGCAGCCCUCCUCGCCGCCCCAGACGCCCGUCUCCGCCACCUCCUCCUCCUCCUCGCCCGGCAGCGCCUACUUGCAAGACCUGGGCGCCACGGCCGCCGAGUGCAUCGACCCCUCGGUCGUCUUCCCCUACCCGCUGGGCGACAAGUCACCCAAGCCAAUCGAAGCCGUCGCUGCGGCCGCCCCCAACGCCAGCCCGGCCUCCUCUUCCUCGCUGGGGGAAGACACGCCGCCCACCACCAGCAGCGACUCUGAAGAAGAGGAGGAACAAGAGGAGGAGGAAGAAAUCGAUGUGGUCACUGUGGAGAAACGGCAGCCCACCUCCAAGAAAUCAGAGUCCAAUACACACAGCAAGCCCCCCCACAGUCCGCUGGUCCUCAAGAGGUGUCACGUCCCCAUCCACCAGCACAACUACGCCGCUCCCCCCUGCACCAGGGUCGAGUACCCCUCAGCCAAAAGGCUAAAGCUGGACAGUGGCCGGGUACUCAAACAGAUCAGCAACAACCGCAAAUGCUCCAGCCCGCGCACGUCAGACUCAGAAGAGAAUGACAAGCGGCGGACGCACAACGUCUUGGAGCGCCAGAGGCGGAACGAGCUGAAGCUGAGCUUCUUCGCCUUGCGCGACCAGAUCCCAGAGGUGGCCAACAACGAGAAGGCCCCGAAGGUGGUCAUCCUCAAAAAAGCCACGGAAUACGUCCUCUCCAUCCAGUCGGACGAGCACAGACUGAUAGCCGAAAAGGAACAGUUGCGGAGGCGGCGGGAGCAGUUGAAAAGCAAGCUUCAGCAGUUGAGGAACUCUUGUGUUUGAAAGGGACAAAAACAAAACAAAACAAGAAAUCCCCAGACAGAUUGGUGGGGGUAUUACAUAGACUUGGAGGAUUAAGGCCAACAUAAUGAGAGAGAGAGAGACAGAUAACAAAAGUACUGGUGAACUUGAUGAUUUCAUGGACCCGUUCAUUGCAUGCCCGACAACUACACAACCUUGGCUUGACCUUGACAGUGGCCGGCCAGAACCUCAAACUGCCUCAUAACAAAACUUUGAGUAGAUGGGCGGCAGACAUCUCUUCACACUUGGGGGAUAAACUUUAUUUUUUUUCCUUUCAUUUUCCCUCUUUUUUUGUAUUUAAAGUGUUCCCCCCCUUAAGGUGAUUCCUCAUUCCCCCGAAUCGGCUGUUGUAGAUAUAUUUACACAUAUUAAUGACAUGUAAAUAUCUUUAAUAAAAGUCUUUAUAGAAAAAUUCUUUAAAAAAACACACAAAAAAAAGCAAAGCGCAAUGGAUAAUAUUGCUUAGAGGUUGUGGCAACUGGAUCGCUGACUGUCUUGAACACUUCUGUGCCAUAACAUUUCAUACAAAAGAAAAAAAAAUUCUGCUCAUUUUUA